UGAAUGAACAGGAGUCGGUUCUCACCCAACUUCCAUUAAGGACUCUGGGCAGGAGGGGCAGAAGUUGCGCGCGGGUUGGCUGGCGGGAGCGGACACACAGGCCGGCGUGCAGGCGUGCGGGUGUGCGGGCGCCGGGCUCGGGGAAUCGGAUCGAGAGCAAGGAGCGCGGCAUGGAGCUCUGGGCAGCCCGCGCCUGCUUGGCCCUGCUGUGGGGCUGUGCGCUGGCCCCGGCCACGGCAGCGCAGGGCAAGGAAGUGGUACUGUUGGACUUUGCUGCAGCUGGAGGGGAGCUUGGCUGGCUCACACACCCGUAUGGCAAAGGGUGGGACCUGAUGCAAAACAUCAUGAAUGACAUGCCGAUCUACAUGUACUCCGUGUGCAACGUGAUGUCUGGUGACCAGGACAACUGGCUCCGCACCAACUGGGUGUACCGAGGAGAGGCCGAGCGCAUCUUUAUUGAACUCAAGUUUACUGUGCGCGACUGCAACAGCUUCCCUGGCGGCGCCAGCUCUUGCAAGGAGACUUUCAACCUCUACUAUGCCGAGUCGGACCUGGACUAUGGCACCAACUUCCAGAAGCGCCUGUUCACCAAGAUUGACACCAUUGCGCCCGAUGAGAUCACCGUCAGCAGCGACUUCGAGGCACGCCACGUGAAACUGAACGUGGAGGAGCGCUCCGUGGGGCCGCUCACUCGCAAAGGCUUCUACCUGGCCUUCCAGGAUAUCGGUGCCUGUGUGGCGCUGCUCUCCGUCCGUGUCUACUACAAGAAAUGCCCCGAGCUGCUGCAGAGCCUGGCCCGCUUUCCUGAGACCAUCGCUGGCUCUGAUGCACCCUCCUUGGCCACUGUGGCCGGCACCUGUGUGGACCAUGCUGUGGUGCCACCAGGGGGUGAAGAGCCCCGUAUGCACUGCGCAGUGGAUGGCGAGUGGCUGGUGCCCAUUGGACAGUGCCUGUGCCAGGCAGGCUACGAGAAAGUGGAGGAUGCCUGCCAGGCCUGCUCGCCUGGAUUCUUUAAGUUUGAGGUGUCUGAGAGCCCCUGCUUGGAGUGCCCUGAGCACACGCUGCCAUCCCCUGAGGGUGCCACCUCCUGCGAGUGUGAGGAAGGCUUCUUCCGGGCACCUCAGGACCCAAUGUCGAUGCCCUGCACACGACCCCCCUCCGCCCCACACUACCUCACGGCCGUGGGCAUGGGUGCCAAGGUGGAGCUGCGCUGGACACCCCCUCAGGACAGCGGGGGCCGUGAGGACAUCGUCUACAGUGUCACCUGCGAACAGUGCUGGCCCGAGUCUGGGGAGUGUGGGCCAUGUGAGGCUAGUGUGCGCUACUCAGAGCCUCCACACAGACUGACCCGCACCAGUGUGACAGUCAGCGACCUGGAGCCUCACAUGAACUACACCUUUACUGUAGAGGCCCGCAACGGCGUCUCAGGCCUGGUGACCAGCCGCAGCUUCCGUACUGCCAGUGUCAGCAUCAACCAGACAGAGCCCCCCAAGGUGAGACUGGAGGGCCGCAGCACCACCUCACUUAGCGUCUCCUGGAGCAUCCCCCCGCCGCAGCAGAGCCGCGUGUGGAAGUACGAGGUCACCUACCGCAAGAAGGGAGACUCCAACAGCUACAAUGUACGCCGCACCGAGGGUUUCUCCGUGACCCUGGACGACCUGGCUCCGGACACCACCUACCUGGUCCAGGUGCAGGCACUGACGCAGGAGGGCCAGGGGGCCGGCAGCAAGGUGCACGAAUUCCAGACGCUGUCCCCGGAGGGAUCUGGCUCCUUGGCGGUGAUUGGCGGUGUGGCUGUCUGUGUGGUCCUGCUUCUGGUGCUGGCAGGAGCUGGCUUCUUUAUCCACCGCAGGAGGAAGAACCUGCGCGCCCGCCAGUCCCCGGAGGACGUUUACUUCUCCAAGUCAGAACAACUGAAACCCCUGAAGACAUACGUGGACCCACACACAUAUGAGGACCCCAACCAAGCUGUGUUGAAGUUCACCACCGAGAUCCAUCCGUCCUGUGUCACUCGGCAGAAGGUGAUCGGAGCAGGAGAGUUUGGGGAGGUGUACAAGGGCACGCUGAAGACGUCCUCGGGGAAGAAGGAGGUGCCCGUGGCCAUCAAGACGCUGAAAGCCGGCUACACAGAGAAGCAGCGAGUGGACUUCCUCGGUGAGGCCGGCAUCAUGGGCCAGUUCAGCCAUCACAACAUCAUCCGCCUGGAGGGCGUCGUCUCCAAAUACAAGCCCAUGAUGAUCAUCACUGAGUUCAUGGAGAACGGGGCCCUGGACAAGUUCCUUCGGGAGAAGGAUGGUGAGUUCAGCGUGCUGCAGCUGGUGGGCAUGCUGCGGGGCAUCGCAGCUGGCAUGAAGUACCUGGCCAACAUGAACUAUGUGCACCGUGACCUGGCUGCCCGAAACAUCCUUGUCAACAGCAACCUGGUCUGCAAGGUGUCUGACUUUGGCCUGUCUCGCGUGCUGGAGGACGACCCUGAGGCCACCUACACCACCAGUGGUGGCAAGAUCCCGAUCCGUUGGACGGCUCCAGAGGCCAUUUCCUACCGCAAGUUCACCUCUGCCAGCGACGUGUGGAGCUUUGGCAUUGUCAUGUGGGAGGUGAUGACCUAUGGCGAGCGGCCCUACUGGGAGCUGUCCAACCAUGAGGUGAUGAAAGCAAUCAAUGAUGGCUUCCGGCUCCCCACGCCCAUGGACUGCCCCUCCGCCAUCUACCAGCUCAUGAUGCAGUGCUGGCAGCAGGAGCGUGCCCGCCGCCCCAAGUUUGCUGACAUCGUCAGCAUCCUGGACAAGCUCAUCCGUGCCCCUGACUCCCUCAAGACCCUGGCUGACUUCGACCCCCGGGUGUCUAUCCGGCUCCCCAGCACGAGUGGCUCGGAGGGGGUGCCCUUCCGCACGGUGUCUGAGUGGCUGGAGUCCAUCAAGAUGCAGCAGUAUACGGAGCACUUCAUGGCGGCCGGCUACACUGCCAUCGAGAAGGUGGUGCAGAUGACCAACGAUGACAUCAAGAGGAUUGGGGUGCGGCUGCCCGGCCACCAGAAGCGCAUCGCCUACAGCCUGCUGGGACUCAAGGACCAGGUGAACACGGUGGGGAUCCCCAUCUGAGCCUCGACAGGGCCUGGAGCCCCAUCGGCCAAGAAUACUUGAAGACACAGAGUGGCCUCCUGCUGUGCCAUGCUGGGCCACUGGGGACCUUAUUUAUUUCUAGUUCUUUCCUACUGAUACCCCCUGCAACUUCUGCUGAGGGGUCUCGGAUGACACCGUGGCCUGAACUGAGAUGACCGUGGAUGCUGGGCCGGGCCCUCUUUCCCUGCGAGGCACACACAGCCGAGCACUUAGCAGGCACCGCCACGCCCCAGCAUCCCUGGAGCAGGAGCCCCGCCACAGCCUUCGGACAGACAGAGGAUAUUCCCAAGCCGACCUCCCCUUCGUCUUCUCCCACAUGAGGCCAUCUCAGGAGAUGGGGGGCUUGGCCCAGUGCCAAGUGAACAGGGUACCUCAAGCUCCAUUUUCUCACACUAAGAGGGCAGACCGUGAACUUGACUGGGCGAGACCCAAAGUGGUCCCCGUCCCUCUAGUGCCUUCUUUAGACAUUCGGGCCCCGUCCUCAUCCCUGACUGGCCAAACCCUUGCUUUCCUGGGCCUUUGCAAGAUGCUUGGUUGUGUUGAGGUUUUAAAAUAUAUAUUUUGUACUUUGUGGAGAGAAUGUGUGUGUGUGGCAGGGGCUCCCGUCAGGGCUGCGGACAGAGGGUGGCCUGUGUCAAACAUUCCUGAGCUGGGGACCCGGGGGCCGGUGCUGCAGGAGCGUCCUGCCCAUGCCCCAGUCGGCCCCAUCUCUCAUCCCCGUAGAUAGCAGGUUCUAUUCUGUCAGUGUUAAUAAUUUUGUUUUGUUGAAAAUUUUUUUCGAAUCUUAAUUUAUUAUUUUUUUUAUAUUUAUUGUUAGAAAAUGACUUAUUUCUGCUCUGGAAUAAAGUUGCAGAUGAUUCAAACUGA